ACUUUAUUCAAUUCUAACACGUUUGCUCCUGUUAACUUAUUUUUUUUUUCUCUCUCACUGACCGCUACUCGUUAACUAAUUGACAUGGUGUGUCCACCGCCUGCACCUCCUGCAGCUGCUGUGAUUAUAGCCUUUUCAGCUGCAUCAGUGCCACGUGAAAAAAGACAUCAUCUUCCGUCCCGCCCUGGAGAUAAGAUCAAAUCCUCCACCGCCAAAGUAAAAAAAAAAAAAUUAUACGAGUCGUCGCGUGCUUGGAUUGCCUUCUUUUACCUUUCCGGCUUCAUGUCUCCCAUCUAAGGAAUAUCUUUAUCGUGUUGCUCUGCUAACCCAACAGAUAUUCCUGGGAAGAAGUUGAAAGGGGGUCCCUACACGCCGUCUAUCG